GAUUGGAUAGAGGCGUCGCUCGUCUGGGAAACUCAGUGGGAGCGGGUGCCGCCCUCAUUCUCUUCUUUCCCGCGCUGUUUUGGGCGCGGUCAGGUGUUAGGGAAGAAAGGAGUUCCGGAGGGCUGGGCGUGAUCCAAAACGGCGACAAAGCACUUUAGAAGAGCCCUGGGAACUUGCAGCUGUCGCCGGGAGAACAUUUUGGCUGAGGGCUUGGCAGGGUGAGAGAACAAGUAAUGGCAGCCAGCAGUCUCGACCUGGAGUUGUGUGAGGAAAUGACCUGCCCUAUCUGCCUGGAAUAUUUCAAAGAUCCAGUGAUUCUAGACUGUGGGCACAAUUUCUGCCAAGCCUGCCUCACCCAAUGCUGGGAGGAGACAGACAGAGCCUCUUCUUGCCCUCAAUGCCGAAAAAAUUUCCAGCAAGAGAACUUCAGGCCCAACCGGCAGCUGGCAAACCUUAUGGAACUUGUCAAGAGACUUCAGGUGGGAAAAGGAGCCGAGGGGAAGUGGGGAGGAUGUGAAAGGCACCAGGAGCCCCUGAAGCUGUUCUGCCAUGAUGACCAAGUCCCCAUCUGCGUGGUGUGUGACAGAUCCACUGGGCACAGAAAUCACUGUGUACUUCCCAUGGAGGAGGCUUUCCUGGUGUAUAAGAAAGAGAUCCAGCUCCAGCUUCAAUGUUUGGAGCAAGAGAGAGAAGAGCUUAAGAAAGAGAAAAUAGCGAAGGAUCAGAGAAGCCAGAUACUUCUGGCGCAGUUAGAAUCAGAGAAGCAGAAGACCAAGUCAGCCUUUCAACAGAUGCACAAUUAUCUUGAUCAACACGAGCAGCUCAGGCUGUCCCAGCUGGAGAAGAUGCAGGGAGAGAUGGAAAAGAGAGACAAAGAAAACCACACCAGAUUUUCAGAGGAAAUCUUAGAUCUCAGUCACUUAAUCACAGAGCUGGAGGGGAAGCUUCAGCAGCCUGAAACUGUAUUUGUGCAGAAUCCCAAGACUGUAUUGGGCAGAUACAAGAAGCCCGAAAGGCCGCUGGUGGAACUUUCUCCAACACUGGAGCAGAACCUCAGGAUUUCCUUGGAGCAAACUCCUGAAUUACAGAAAGCUCUUGAAGAAUGUAAAGAGUCUCUGGACAAAGCACUAACGGAAGUACUGACAAAAGUGAACGUGACUCUGGAUCCAGAAACGGCACAUCCCAGCCUCGUUCUGUCUGAGGAUCUGAAGACUGCAACAUGGAAAGGAACAAUACAGACUCUACCCAACAACGCCGAGAGAUUUGAUACCCUACAAAGUGUGCUGGGCCAUGAGAAAUUCACCUCAGGAAGACACUGGUGGGAGGUAGAACUGGGAAAUGAACAGGCAGUGUGGGCUGUGGGUGUUGCUAAAGAGUCUGUGAAGAGGAAGGGAAAUGUCAUCCUUAAUCCCAAUGAAGGAUUCUGGGUUGUGCAGACAGUUGCACAGUAUUAUAGUUUUUAUCAAAAUAGUUUUUAUCAAAAUAAUUUUAAUCAAAAUUAUUCCUGGCAGAUGCGUGCCUUGACUUCCCCUCAGUCAGUCAGUUUAUCUGUCACUCCUCCCCAAAAGAUCCGGGUGCUCCUGAACUAUGAAGAAGGUCGUGUGGAGUUUUUUUCUGCUGCUACAAAACAAAAGCUCUUCACUUUCCCUUCAGCCACCUUCUCAGGGGAGGCACUUCAUCCUUAUUUCUUCAUUGGGUCAGCAAACACACUGAAAUGCUGAAUCCUGAGGAGAGUGACCACCAUGAUGGGUUCUACAACCCCAGAAAGAGAUGACAUGACAUCAGUUUGUCUCUAGCUGCUGAAGAGACAGGCAAGGAUCUACACUUACUGAGCUCCCUGUUGACAGAUCAUAGCAUCUUUAACCUGCAGGCAAAGAGGGAUGCCGUUUGUAUAGAAUCUGUACUAGCUUGCCUCUUCUGCCUUUAAAUUUUCCUCAUGACAGGUAGAAAUUCAACCCUUUUAAAGUAGGCUGAUGAGGUAUUGUGACUAAAAAUAAGAUGCUUGGAGUUAAAUUACCCCUUUCCAAAAUCUUUGACAGGAUCCAUCUUCAAAGGUUCAUAUUCCUGAGGUGGUUUGAAAGUUACAGAACUGAGCAAAUCCCUCUGAAAGUGGCACUGUAUUAUUUUUAAUUUCCACUGCAUGAUUAUGGUUAAAUACAAUUACAGUUGACAAAGCCGAUCAGCUUAUGAAUGCCUCAGUACUUUUCUCCCCUUGUUAUAAAAUAAAGUUACAUGGAUUCAAACAUA